UGAGGAGCUGCCACUGAGGAGCACCCACAGACAGUGACCGACCCAGACUGCCAGAGGGAAGUCUCUCACUCAACUGUUGAUGUUUAACAAGUGUUAGCUCUCGCUCAUGGGAGGACCCCUAUCCAUCUGCAUCCCCACACCAGAGGCUGCAACACAGUAGAGACUCAACCUGCCAUCUGUCUGCUGGAGACCACAGGGAAACCUGCAGCAGCGUGACACUUCAAGUUUAUAUCAGUGUUUUUGCUGCAACAAACUCAAUAAGAACGUAGAACGUUUUGUGUGCUGAUCCUGGAUUUCAUCUUUUCAAGGGAGGAAAUAGUUGACAACAAAAGUUCUUACCACUGGUCCUCAAUAGCCUUAGAGACAUUUUCAGGGAAAAAUGAUGGAGGAUCACCUCUCAAAGAUCUCCAUGAUACAAUCCUCCUCGCCCACUGAGUCAUCUGCCAGCGGUGGGAGUGAUGACAGCAGAGCCAAGAGUCCAGCCCCGGGCAAAGCUCUGAGCCCGGCUUUGGUUUGCAAAGUAUGUGGAGACACCAGCAGUGGAAAACACUACGGCAUUUACGCCUGCAAUGGCUGCAGUGGCUUCUUCAAACGCAGUGUGAGGAGGAGGCUCAUUUACAGGUGCCAGGCUGGUACAGGCAUGUGUCCAGUGGACAAAGCUCAUCGAAAUCAGUGCCAGGCAUGUCGGUUAAAGAAGUGUCUGCUGGCAGGAAUGAAUAAAGAUGCAGUGCAAAAUGAACGACAGCCUCGCAGCACAGCUCAGGUUCGCUUGGACUCCAUCGACGUAGACACUGAGAAAGAGCACCUGGCCACCACUCGGGAGCCAACCUCCUCUUCUUCUUCCUCGUCCUCCUCUUCCUCAUCCUCCUCCUCUAGUGUCAUUACGUGGCCUCACAUCACAUCCUCCAUGUCCAUCACCUCCUCGGUGGCCCCCCAGCGCUGCAUCAGUCCCCAGAACAACCACCGUUUCAUGGCCAGCCUCAUGACGGCUGAAACCUGCGCCAAGCUGGAGCCCGAGGACGUUGACGAAAACAUUGAUGUAACCAGCAAUGAGCCGGAGAGAGCUUCCUCGGAGUAUCACAUGGUUCUGUAUCCAUCCAGCUCUGAAAACGUGUAUGAGACCUCAGCGAGAUUGCUCUUCAUGUCGGUGAAGUGGGCCAAGAACUUGCCGGUGUUUUCCAACCUGCCCUUCAGAGACCAGGUGAUCCUGCUGGAGGAGGCGUGGAGUGAGCUCUUCCUGCUCUGUGCCAUCCAGUGGUCACUGCCACUGGACAGCUGCCCGCUGCUCUCACUGCCUGACCUCUGCCCCAACAUGCAGGGGAAAACCAGUUACACUAGCCUGGACUUGCGCCUCCUGCAGGAAGUCUUCAGCCGAUUCAAAGCCCUUGCAGUUGAUCCCACAGAGUUUGCUUGUCUCAAGGCCAUUGUGCUUUUCAAGCCAGAGACUCGUGGUUUGAAAGAUCCAGAACAAGUGGAGAACCUGCAGGAUCAGUCUCAGGUGAUGCUGGGACAACACAUUCGCUCACACUACCCCAGUCAACCAGCCAGGUUUGGAAAGCUGCUUCUUCUUCUUCCCUCAUUGCGUUUUGUGAAUUCUGAGAGGAUAGAGCUGCUGUUCUUCCACAGGACCAUCGGGAACACUCCCAUGGAGAAACUGCUGUGUGACAUGUUCAAAAACUAAAACCAUCUCCCGAAAGAUGCAGUCUUCUUCUGGUUUGUUUCUCUUUACAGAUAUUCUGUGUGCUGUUAUUUUUUUUCAAAGACCACUUUAUUAUUUGUUGUUUCUACAUCAGCUUAUUGUGAACGUUGACAUGUUAUUCACUUGUCAUCAUGCUUGCUGUCUAUCUGUACUAUAUUUAGUCUUUGAUUUGUGUCUGAAGUGACACACUCCAGUGUUUCUGUUACAAUUUGAAAAAUGACAAUCCUCCAGAAAAUUUAUUUGUUUGGUGAUAGAACAAUUGUACAGUAUAUCCCUGCUGUCCUUAAUGUAAUUCAUGUUGAUAUUUCUUGAUAAAAUCAAAUUGUUUGAAAGUA